AUGAGCCAAACCCCAGAAGUUGAACAAUACGACGAUACCCGUAUUUUGGGCUACAACCCAUUGGUGUCACCUGCCAUGUUGCAGUCCGACAUCAGAGCUUCCCGUGAAGCUUUGGAUGUGGUUAUUAAGGCCAGAAGAGAGUCCGCCGACAUUUUCUCCGGAAAGUCCGACCGUUGUUUGGUCAUUGUUGGCCCAUGUUCCAUCCAUGACCCAGAGGCCGCUUUGGAGUACGCUGCCCGCUUGAAGAAGUUGUCUGACGAAUUGAAGGACGACCUUCUCAUCGUUAUGAGAGCAUACUUGGAGAAGCCAAGAACCACCGUUGGCUGGAAGGGUCUCAUCAAUGACCCUAACGUGGACAACACCCACGAUAUCAACAAGGGUUUGAGAGUUUCCAGACAAUUGUACAGCGACUUGACCGGUAAGAUUGGUGUUCCUAUUGGUUCUGAGAUGUUGGACACCAUCUCCCCACAAUACUUUUCCGACUUGUUGAGUUUCGGUGCUGUUGGUGCCAGAACCACCGAGUCCCAGUUGCACAGAGAGUUGGCCUCUGGUUUGUCUUUCCCAAUUGGUUUCAAGAACGGUACCGACGGUAACAUUGGCGUUGCUUUGGAUGCUGUUCAGGCUUCCUCCAAGGGCCACCACUUCUUGGGUGUCACCAAGGACGGUUUGGCUGCUAUCACCACCACCAAGGGUAACGACAACUGUUUCAUCAUCUUGAGAGGUGGUAAGAAAUUGACCAACUACGACGAGGAGGCUGUUAAGGCUGCCAAGGAGAGCAUCCAGAAGAGCACUGACCCAAGCAUCAAGUUGAUGAUUGAUUGCUCCCACGACAACUCCCGCAAGGACUACAGAAACCAGCCUGUUGUGUUGGACUCUGUUGCUCAGCAAAUCUCUGCUGGUGAGAACACUCUUAUCGGUGUUAUGAUUGAGUCCAACAUCAACGAGGGCAAGCAGAGCAUGCCAGCCGAUGGUCUGGGCAAGGAGAGCUUGAAGUAUGGUGUUUCCAUCACUGACGGCUGUGUGUCCUGGGAGUCUACCGUUGACAUGUUGACCAAGUUGUCGAAGGCUGUUCAAGCCAGAAGAGCCAAGAACGCUGGCAACUAA